AGAUUUUAAAAACUAUCAAUUCAAAAACUCAGCCAAUGAAUUAAACACAUUUUUAGGUCAUCAUAAAUAAUCACUUGUAUACGAUCUCUGUUCACCAGUGAUGAAACAAUGUCACUGGUGGACACUUCAAACCAGACAGAGAGUGCCAUUCUCUUCAAUGCAUUUGUCAAUGCUUCAACAACAGAUUCAAUUUUUAAUGAUACAAGCUCCACUUCAUUUGCCACACCAGAGCCUAAUGCAUGUGAUAUCAGUGGACAAUAUGGAAUUGUCACUGGCAUUAUUGCAGUUACCUGCAUCAUAUUUGGGAUAUUGUAUACCUUUUUUGGUAAGUUUUAAUUCUUUCCAGUGAGAGCAGUCUAAUUAGAUAUGCAGAGGUUUAUUGAAUUUAUACUACUGGAUUUUUGAAUUAUAAAAGACUGCUAAUUGCUAAUAUUUGAAACAUAUAAAAUUAAACAUUUUUUUUUUUUUAAAUUUCCAUGAGAUAAAUAAAAAUGCUACCAUUACCACUUAGUCAGUUUGUAGUUGUUGAAGAGGCGAUUGUAUUUAAUAACAAAUUUGUAUUCAUCUAAAAUAACUGACUUAAGGCCAUUUCACCAAAUUAUUCUGUUCGAAGUUGUUUUUAAAAUCAAAGAAUAUGUUGUAGGUCAAAAAAUGUUAUAGCUGAAAUUAAGUUUUAUACCAUUUUGUUAACAUGUAAACCACCUUUAUGCAAUAAUUUAUUUUUCGUCUUUCACAUGCAAAGAUGACCAAGGCAAUAGUCAUCUUGAGUUAUAGCCUUGACUUGGGCUGUAUUUUGUUUUAAAGUGAGGGAGAGUGCUCAAUUCUUCAGCCUCACCCUCUCGUCCCUUUACGCAACUAAAUUUAAAGCACUAACUUUAUCUUCAAACCUUUUUUUUUUCAGGAUACAGAUUCUUCAAAGCCAUUAUGUUCCUCACAGGAUUUAUAUUUAGUACCAUCCUGGUUUAUAUGAUCCUCAAUGAAUUCAAAAUUCUACCCCCAGAAGGCACCCUAGGAUGUGCCAUUGGAGCAGGUAUUCUCCUUGGCCUUUUCACUAUGUUGAUCCCACAAGCUGGACUUUUUUUAACAGGCUUCAACCUAGGUGUGGCAGCAGCUGCUGUCAUACUUGUAAUUGUGGAGCAGUUUGUACAUCAAGAAUCCCUGUGGAUUCCCAUUGUGAUUUUUAUGGUGUUGGGAAUUAUAUUCGGUGUUGUCAGUUUAAAGUUCCAAAAGGCUAUAACAGUGGUAGGGACCAGUGUGUUUGGAGCAGCCAUAGGUCUAGCUGGUGUGGACUAUUUUGUGGAGCUCUCUCAAAUGGCACAGUACAUCUGGGAGAGGGUUAUUGCUGAGCAUCAACAGUCACUGUGCUGGUUCAGUUGGCUGAUGGUGGCCCUCUGGCCAGUCUUUGCAGUUAUAGGUGCUGUCGUCCAGUUUAAAAUCACAGGACAUGGCUUUGACCACCGUUUGGGUAUGUUGGUAAAAAAAACACCUAUAGUUUAUUAAAGUAUCUCAUUCCCAACUUCUGAGAAGAAAAUAUAUUUUCUUACUGUUGUUAGACCAAGUUGUUCCUUUAUUGAAUUUGUUUAUUCUUCUGUGUAAAUAAAAAAAAAUACUUACUUGGAAUAUAUGAGGAAUGGGUGGCUGGUCACUUAUACAUCAAUAAUUAUUGGGUUUUUUUUUUUUUUAAUUUGAAGGGGAAAAAAUAUUCCAACAUUUUGACCUUUUCUCUUUUUCCUAAAAGUAAAAUGACAUAUUUUUUCUCUCCUUUCUUUGAGUGUGAAAAUAUGAUAUUUAUAUUUGUUUUGUUUUUCUAACCAAUAUCUAGCCCUUAGAAGUCGAAGAGAACAAAAUGCUAAUUUGCAGCAAAUGAGAGUGCGAGAAAAGCGAGAAACACAACAGACUCGAUAUCGACAUUUAUACCAAGCAAGGCGUGUGAAAGGAGACGUUAUUUCACAGGUAAAUAUAUUGUUGCUGUUGAAAGCAAACUUAUUAGCCAUGAUGAUUUCUGCAGAUCAGUUAAAAGUACAAUGUUGGUGUAGCUUUGCACUUUUGGCUUCUUGAAUGUGCACCUAAUGGAUAAAAUAACAAUUUAAAUUUUAAUGAUUAUGUGUGUUGAAAUAUCUGCGUCUACACUGUUUUUGUUUUCGUCUACCCUGGCAGAACUUUAUACAAAGUAUUCAGCACAAGUUAUCACCAGCCAUGCAGAGUUUAACAGCUUUAAACACUGAGCCAAGCAAUGAAGAGGAAAGCACUGCCACAACUACCUUGACCCAUGUCACAUGAUGUGUUUCUUGUUUUGUGUGAUCUCAUGUCCUCAUAUAUUUUUUUAACAACCACAUUCCCUGGUGAAAAUAAGAUAGCUCAAUAGUAUAGCCUCAAUAGUGUUUUUUUUUUUUAAAUGUUCAUGACAUAAGCAUAAAUUUAUACGAAAAUAUUUUUUGUGUGUAUACAGAAUCAUAAGCUACCUUCGUUUUUUUUGUUCUUUUUUUUUUUUUUUCUUUCUUUUUUUAACUUUACC